AUCCUCUUGAAACACUAGAAAUCGACCUGGGCUUUGCCAUUAGCGCAACCUCAAGUGACCCUACCAAGACCUACAAGCUAAUGAAGGACACCAUAAAAGAAAUAAUCGAUCGAUAUUGGACAAAGAAAAUUCUUUACUCUGUUAUCGUCUAUGGCGCUAGGCCUGUUAUUGUGACGUCAUUUUCUGACGUCAUACCCUCUGCUGCGUCCCUAAAACAAAGAAUCGAGGCUACACCGCGUGAACAGGGAGGAGCUGCCCUUGAUCACGCUUUGGACGAGGCGAGGAAGAUCUUUGAAGGUCGAGGUGGACGGGUGAAUGCUAAGAAAAUACUAGUGGUGAUCACGGAUGCAGAGUCUGGGGUCAGCAAGAACGAUAUAAGAUCUGCUGCCAAACCUCUGGACAACAAAGGAAUCCUGGUGAUACCAGUUGGUGUUGGAGGUGAAGUUGGUAAACGAGAUCUUGAGAACGCCACGCCGCUAAAAGAGAACAUCAUUCAAGUCCCGAAAACAGAAACCCCGAAAGAUUUGGCGCAGAAGAUCAUAGAUAAGAUUCGUAGAGCUGGAGGUACAUCUCAUAAACGCGUUCCAGAGGUAGACAUUGCCUUUGCAAUCAACGCCAAUGCAGCUGAUGCAGAAGCAAACUUCAGGCAAAUGAAAUCUGCGAUCGCGUCCAUAAUAGACAAAUAUGGCAUGGGUAAGAUGAGGUACGGCCUUGUCGUCUAUGGAACUAAUCCAAAUGUGAAAAUCAACUUCAACGAAGACUUCCCGACGGAUGAUGAUAUUAAAAGUUAUAUCUCCAACACGCCACGAAUUACCACUCCUCCUUCGUUGAGUAACGCACUCGUCUCUGUCAAAGAGCUGUUCAGGAGGGCCAACCGACCGGAAGCAAAGAAGGUCCUCGUGAUCUUUUCUGAUAUAAGAUCUUCUAGUGAUCCUAAUGACGUCAUUCAAGCAGCCAAGAACAUACAUGGUGAUGACGUCAUCGUUAUUGCAGUGCCAUUAGGAACCACAGGGAGCCCAAAGGAACUUCGGCUUUCUACUGUAGACAAAGACGAUGUAUUGCCUGCAGAGAACAACGAAGAUCCUAACAAGAUUCGUGAUCGUAUUUUGGACAGAAUAUUCAACCGAAAACCAAAUGUCCCUGAAAUGGACUUAGUAUUCGCCGUCAGUGCUACCGGUACUGAUGCUGGCAAUACGUUUGCCCAAAUGACAGAAACGAUCAACUCCAUCGUUGAGAAAUAUGGUUCCAAUAAAAUCUAUUACGGCUUCAUUGUCUUUGGAUCCAGUGCCUCGGUUAAGGUUAGCCUGGGUGAGGAGUUCCCAAGUGAUGAAGAGCUCAUGAAAUUUAUAGCAUCAGCUCCACGUGUGCAGGGACGCCCCUCGCUGGACAGUGCGUUAAGCGAGGCCAGAAGACUAUUCGAAAGUAGCGCAGCAAGACCAAAUGCUAAAAAAGUCUUGGUGAUUAUCUUAGAUAAGCAGUCAGACACGCCUUCCAGCGUCACCCAAUCAAGAGCCAAUAGUGUAAUUGAUAAAGGUGUCAAGGUGAUUCCGGUUGCCAUUGGAAACGAAGUCGAUCCAACACAGCUUUUGAAUACGACUGAUGACAAUGAGAACAUUAUCAAGGAGCCAGAUAUUAGAGAUCCAGAAAAACUGGGUGAAAAGAUUAUGGAAAAAGCUUUGAAAGACACCGUAGAUAGCCCCGAAAUCGACCUGGUGUUUGCCCUUAGUGCUGUAGCUUCUCAAGCAGACGAGACGUUUGAGAAAAUCAAAACAGCUGUCAAUGAGGUCAUCGACACGUUUGGUACCAAGAAACUCCGUUACGCUGUGUUAGUAUACGGCAGCACCCCCACCACUGGUGCAACAUUCACGGAUAAUUACCCCGAUGUAAAAUCCAUCAAACAAGUAAUCAACAAUCUUCCUAGAAAAUCCGGUGGGCCAGCGAUAGAUAGGGCCAUGUUUGAAGUUAGAAGGUUAUUCGUUAGUGGUAGAUCAAAUGCUCAUAAGGUGUUAGUAAUCGUGACGGACAAGCGGUCUAGCACGGGUGAUCGUGACAUGCGCAGUGCGGCUCAAGAUCUCGAGGGGGAUGGAGUUAAGAUAAUUGCUGUGGGGAUUGGUAACGAGGCUGAUGUGCCACGCCUGGACAAGCUAUCACCAAAACCAGGUAACACCAUCGCUUCUCCAAAGAAUAAAAAUCCUAAGAAGUUGGGCCAAGAAAUCGCACAAAAGAUUCUUGAUGCUACUAAGGAGAUACCAGAGACUGAUCUCAUCUUCGCCAUAACAGCAACAUCUACAGAUAGCUACCAAACAUUCCAAAAGGUUCAAGACACUAUUAAAUACAUUAUAGACAAUUACGGUAUUGACAAGAUCCAUUACGGUGCAAUCGUUUUCGGAGAUACGACGAGCAAACAAUUCGGGUUCUCCGACAAGUUUCCGACUCCUUCCGAUCUAAAACGAAGAGUUGACGGACUCCAGAGGCAGCUCGGCGGACCUGCUCUCGACAAAGCAUUAGAAGCAGCUCGAGAGAUGUUUCAAGGGGCGGGUUCUCGUCCUGGAGCACGACAGGUCCUGGUCGUAAUUACAGACAAAAACUCUGGUUUGGAUGAGCGCAUUGUGACUGGUUCUGCUAAGGCCUUAGAACUGAAAGGCGUCCGUGUAAUCCCUGUUGGCCUAGGGGGAGAUAUUAAUCGUAAAGAACUUGAGAGUGUUACGCCUCACAAUGAUAAUGUUAUUAAAGAGCCGAAAAAUAUCGAUCACGCGGAGCUUGGAGAAAAAAUCAUGGAGAAAGUUAUUGAAGCGGUUUCGCCUGAACGUGCCCUUGAUGUGGUCAUCGCGAUAAGUACUGUUGGAACCUACGCCCAGGAAAGUUUCAGCCAAGUGAAAGAUAUCAUCAAGGAGCUGGUUGACAACCACCCUUUCAAUUCCACCAAAUAUGGUAUUAUUUUCUAUAGUGAUAUCACGUCUAUCAAAGCAAGCUUUUCAGAUGAUUAUCCGACCGAAGACGAUUUCAAGAGAUUAGUUGACAACAUUCCUCGGAGCUCUGGUGGUUCUGUUAUGGAGAGAGCUCUGGUGCAGGCUAAGAGAAUGUUUGAUGCAGGGUCGCGACCUAAUGCAAAGAGAGUGCUUGUUAUCUUCACUGAUAAGGAAUCUACAGGUGACACAGAUGCAGCCAAGAAUGCCUCCAUCGAUUUGGACAAAUCGGGCGUGCAGAUUAUCGUGGUUACCAUGAGGAUGCCUAUUAUUCCACCAGGCUGUGAGACUGUUGCACCAGACAAGAAAAGCAUCAUCAAGACUGUGAAAAAUGACGACUCGAAACUUGUUGCAGACAAAAUCAGUGAUCUGAUGAAGAAAGAUGUCCAAAGGGUCCCACUCAUCGACCUUGCCAUUGCUAUCAGCGCAACAGUAUCAAACCCAGCCAAGACAUUCAAACUAAUGAAGAACACAAUCCGCUCUAUUAUGGACCAAUAUGGCUCUGUCAAGAUUCACUACAGUGUCGUAGUAUUCGGAAGUGAACCAACUACCAUGAUUAAAUUCAUCGAUAAAUUCAGCAUUUCUGAUUUAAAGAGUCAAGUCCGAACGUUUCCUCGCAGCACCGGUGGCCCAUCUAUAACAAACGCUCUGGAGAGGGCUAAACAACUGUUUGAAGAUCGCGGAGUUCGUGCUGAUGCCCAUAGAAUACUUGUCGUGAUAAUCGAUAAUCAAUCGAAUGGAGACCCGAGGGACAUUAAUAAGCUGAAUGGUGCAAAGGAACUGGAGAAGAAGAAUGUUCUUAUCAUACCUGUAGGAGUAGGAACCGACGCGGAUAAGAAUGAACUGGAAAAGCUGACACCUUACAAAGAGAAUGUCAUUAGUAGACCAAGGCUUCCUGACCCGAGAGAUCUGGCUACUGAUGUGAUCAAUAAAGCUAUUGAAGCUAUCAAGAGACCUCUAAUGCCCGAAGUCGACCUUGCCUUCGUGAUCAGUGCUGCGUCAAGAGAUUCCUCCGAGAUUUAUCGUCAAUGCAAACAAAUCAUCAAAUCAGUCAUAGACACUUACGGUAUGGAUAAAGUCAAAAUUGCUGUGAUAAUAUACGGGUCCGAACCAAGCACGCAGCUUACCUUCCUGGAUGCGUCAAGUUUUCCAACAGAUGAAAACCUAAAGAGCUACAUAGACUCCUUGGCGGCUAGCUCUGGGGAGCCUAACUUGGUUAAAGCGCUAGGAAGAGCUGAAGAUCUUUUCAACAGAGGAGGAAGGCCAAACGCUAAGAAGAUUCUUGCUGUUAUAAGUGACAAAAGAUCUGUAAGUACAACGAGAGAUAUAGAAGAUACUGCAAAACCAAUGCUUGCUGACAAGGUGAAGAUAGUAGCAGUUUUGUUCGGAAGUGAAGGUAACCCUGAGCAGGCCCUUGCCGUAACUGGUGAUAAAGAAAGCAUUAUUGAAGCUGUAACUACCGACGACCCGAAAGAAAUUGCUGUGAAAAUCAUCCAAGAGGGACUUAAAGAUCCUCCACCCCAGAUUCCAGAUGUAGAUCUUGUCUUUGCAUUGAGUGCAACUGCGGCAUCUGCAGGCCAGAACUUUCAAGAGAUGAAGGAUGUCGUCAAAGGAAUGAUUGAUAAAUACAAGAUAGGAAAGGUCAAAUAUGGACUGAUCGUGUUUGGGGGUAUUGCAACGACUAAGAUCAACUUGAACGAGAACUUUAAUCUUAACACCCUCAAAGACUCCAUCAGUGCAUUCCCACGUACAAGCGGUGGUCCAGCAUACGAUGAGGCCAUAAAAGAAGCAGCCAAAAUAUUCUCCAGUCCUGCAUCGCGUCCUCGAGCUAAGAAGAUCCUGGUGAUGAUUGUUGACAAAAGAUCUACAAGUGAUCCUUCGUUGAUAAAAGAAAAAGCUAAGGAACUUGAGUCUUCUGGAGUACUGGUGAUCCCUGUAGGUGUCGGAGAUGAAGUGAGGAAACCUGACAUUGCUAUCUGUACUUCUUAUCCAGGACUAGUUACUCCAAUACCUAUAAUCGUAACUGAUGAAGCUGUUAAGCAGAUUGAUGACAAGUUUAUAAAAGCCUUAAAAGAACAACCUGAUCUGCCGGAAGUAGAUUUGGCUUUUGCAUUAAGCGCUACAUCCUCAAGACCGGAUGCCACCUUCACCAAAAUGAAAGAUGUGGUCCAAGACAUGAUUGCUCGUUAUGGUAUUGGUAAAGUACAUUAUGGGCUGGUCACGUUUGGGGAAACUGCGUCUACUUCAAUCAGCUUUGGGGACACCAAUGACCCGAGAGUUCUCGUUCAAUCUAUUGAUUCAAUUGCAAGAAUAAGAGGUGGUCCCGAUCUUGACAAAGCGAUCCAGGAAUUGACUAAACUAUUUGAUAGUCCCGCUUCCAAAGCAAGACCAAAAGCUAAGAAGGUCGCUGUUGUGAUUAUUGACAAAGACUCUACAACAGAUGAAAAUGUUAUCAAGUCUAAAGCAAAUAAUCUGGCUAAAGAUGGCAUUUUUGUGAUCCCUGUUGCUAUUGGCGACGAUACAGAUGAUGAUCAAAUCACAUCCCUGACUGAUUCUCCUGAUCGAGUUGUAAAGACAAAGAAAACUGAGCCAACUAAAGAUCUGACUGAUAAGGUUGACGAGCAGUUCAAGAAAGCAAUCAAAGGUGGUCCACCUCAGGUUCAUGAGAUAGAUCUUGUGUUCGCAUUGAGUGCAACCGCGGCAUCUGCAGGCCAGAACUUUCAAGAGAUGAAGGAUGUCGUCAAAGGAAUGAUUGAUAAAUACAAGAUAGGAAAGGUCAAAUAUGGACUGAUCGUGUUUGGGGAUCUCGCAGUCACUAAGAUCAACCUCAAUGAGAAGUUUGAUAUAGAAGGUCUUAAAAAUUUCGUCGGCGUUGUUCCUCGUACAAGUGGUGGUCCAGCAUACGAUGAGGCCAUAAAAGAAGCAGCUAGAAUCUUUUCCAGUCCUGCAUCACGUCCUCGAGCUAAGAAGAUCCUGGUGAUGAUUGUAGACAAGAGAUCUACAAGUGAUCCUUCGUUGAUAAAAGAAAAAGCUAAGGAACUUGAGUCUUCUGGAGUACUGGUGAUCCCUGUAGGUGUGGGAGACGAAGUGAGGAAACCUGACAUUGCUAUCUGUACUUCUUAUCCAGAACUAGUUACUCCAAUACCUAUAAUUGUAUCAACUGAUGAAGCUGUUAAGAAGAUUGAUGCCAAGUUUAAGAAGGCACUGGGAAUUAAGCCAACCAUACCCAAAGCUGACUUGAUCUUCGCUCUGAGUUCUACGGGAGCUUCAGCAGACAAGACGUUCCUUCUAAUGAAGGAUUCUGUUAGUGAAAUCAUUGAUAAAUACGGUAUCGGAAACGCUCAUUAUGGCCUUGUGGUAUACGGUGAUACCGCGUCAACCAAAGUUAGCUUUAGCAGUGGUUAUACAGACAGUGAUAAAUUAAUACAGUACAUGGAUUCUGUACCUCGAAGUACUAGAGGACCCGCCCUGGAUAAAGCAAUCGAUGAGGUGAAAGCAAUGUUCCAAAGCCCGGCUGCCCGAUCAGAUGCUAAGAAAGUCUUGGUUGUAAUUACGGACAAGAAAUCAGUCAGCAAUCCAUCGGUCAUAACGUCCAAAGCCAAGGAACUAAUCAGUGAUGGAGUAGUCGUUAUUCCAGUCAUCAUUGGUGAUCAAGUGACUACAGAAGAUCUCAAACCAAUAACAGACGAUGAAACUAGAAUACAGAAAGGUAAAACCACCGACACUCCUGAGGAUAUAGCUGACAAAAUCGACAGCGCUCUGAAGAAGGCCCUAACUGAAAUACMAGGAGUUGUAGAGACYGAUCUGGCCUUCGCCAUAACAGCAAACGCACMAGACUCGAGCAGGACUUUCACUCAAAUGAAAAACAUUCUGCAGUCAAUAAUCCAAAAAUACGGACGCGGAAAGAUUCGCUACGCUGUCAUCACAUUUGGUAACACACCAGAGGUCAAAGUAGAUUUCAAUUCCAAMUUUGCUAGCGACCAAGCACUUGUUAAUCUGAUAAAUGCUUUGCCUAAAACGAGCGGGGCUUCGUUGGACAAAGCUAUGGAAGAAGCAAGGAAGCUGUUUAAGKUUUCUGAACAGGAAAGACCGUCUGCUCAGCGAGUUCUAGUUGUCAUCACUGACAGCAAGUCAAACAGUCCYACAGACAACCUGAAAGCGGCUCGCAAGCUCUCCGUCGAUAACGGUAUCAAGGUUAUUGCAUUUGGUAUCGGAGGAGAURCUGAUGAUGUAGAGUUAAUGACUGUUGCAUCUGAGAAGGAUGAUGUGGUCAAUGCCAAUACUACAGACAAACCCAGUGAWAGUAAUAAGAUCAUCAUGGACAAAGUCUUGGAAAAGAAAGUCCCUCCAUCAACGGAUGUCCUCUUUGCAAUUAGUACUACUGCUUCAGGUGCUGAACAGACUUUCGCGCGUAUGAAGAACGCCGUUAACUACGYAAUAGAUGACCAAGGACUGGACCAACUUCGGUACUCACUGAUGGUCUUUGGAAGCCAGCCUUCAACAGUCAUUGACUUCAACCGAAGAGUAAAUGAUAUUAACGCCUUGAAAAGAUUUGUUGAACUUGCAAGUACCCCACGUGGGAGCCCUGAUUUAAAAAAGGCACUUGAUGAAUCAAAGAAAAUCUUUGAAAACUCAGACAGACCCGAAGCUAGGAAGAUCCUCGUCGUYAUGGUCGACAAGAGGUCUACGAAUAGUCCAGAAGAUAUCAAGAAUACCGCUAUGCCAUUGGAUAAAAAGGGAAUAAGAGUGGUACCAGUUGUUGUGGGACCAGAUGCUGAUGCUGAUGAGCUGGAAAAGAUAACUCCAGAUAAACUUGGUCUAGUCAAGGUCAACAAAGAUGUAGAGCCCGAAGUACUGGGGAAAAUACUUCUAGAACGGAUAUUGAGAGAACCCCGAGUAAUACCUGCAGUKGACAUGAUUUUCGCCGUCAGUUCAAGGGCUGCCAGAGCAGAUUCAAACUUUGAUAAGAUCAAAGAAUCCUUAAAAUCCAUCAUUGAUCGCUACGGAACGUUCAAGAUUCGCUACGGCGUCAUCGUAUUUGGUAACACACCUUCGGUCCGUAUAUCACUCAGCGAUACUUUCAGGCAAGAUGAUUUGAUGAAGAGAGCCAUCGACACCAUUCUCAGAUCCUCGGGUGCUGAUCUCGGCAGAGCGUUGGAGAAAGCAAAGGAGAUGUUUGACACUUCGGAACAAUCUCGACCCGGAGUGAAGAAGGUUCUCGUUGUCGUGAUGGAUAAAAAGUCUCUUGGUGAUGCUGAUGACAUCCUAAGAGGUGCCAAACAGCUUCAGGAUACAGCAGUAACUAUCAUUCCAGUUGCCUUUGGAAGCGAGGCAGAUCCUCAAGAACUGCUUUCUCUCACUUCUAGUAAACGUAGCCUGGUGACGGCCACUGAGGACGAAGGUCCUGACAUCUUGGGUGAAAAGAUUAUGAUCAAUAUCGGUGAAGCGUUACCUAGAGGAGACAUGGACGUGGGUUUCAUCAUAAGUACUUCGACAAGUUCUGUAGUAAAUCUCAAUAAGAUCAAAGACACUAUCAAUGAAAUUGUCAACAUGUAUGGAACAGACCAAACCCGAUACACGGCCAUAAAACUUGUUGAUUCCACGUCGGUUAGAAAUAGAGAUGUGGACACCGAGGCCAAUAAAAUGAAGCAAGAUCUUCCUGAUGGAGUAAAUGUUACAGUUCUGAGAUCAGAUGGCAUGGAGCUUAUUGAUGCUAUAGAUGAAGCCAGGAAGAUGUUUGUCAAGGCCGUGUCCAUGAGGCCCAAAUCUAAGAAGCUACUGGUGAUCGUCUUUGACAUGAACCCCAAGAAUGAACCAGAUGACGUCCUGAUUGCCAYGGAGCCUCUAAAGGAUGGUGGGAUUAAGAUCAUUACAGUUGGCCUUGGGGCUGACGUGGACCCCAAAGAGCUAGAAAUAAUAACUCCUAAUAAGGACAAUGCUCUUGCUCCUGAUGAUAAAGACACCCCUAGGGAUAUAGCAAGGGAUGUCAUGAAGAGAGCUUUUAACGACACAAUACCGAUUCCCAAGAUUGACCUGGUCUUUGCCAUCAGCUCUGUCGCCAGUAAUGCAGAAGAAACCUUUACCAAGAUAAAAGAUACUAUCAGGAAUAUCAUACUAGAAUAUGGAAUAGAUUCACUCAAAUACGGUGUCAUAGUCUUUGGAGAUACGCCUACUACUCGUUUAAGACUAGAUGAACGCUUUAAUGAUAUUGGUAGUUUGAAUAGAUCCAUAAGUGUGUACAGGAGACCCAGUGGUGUACCUAACAUUAGGAGURCCUUGGAAGAAGCGAAGAGGUUAUUUGAUGGACGGGGUGCAAGAUCGGAUGCUAAGAAGAUUCUUGUGGUUAUCAUGGAUAAGAGAUCCAGUAACACRCUAGAUGAAGUUAAGAAAGCCGCACAGCCACUUGACCGAAAUGGUAUACGAACUAUAAGUAUAGCAGUUGGUCCAGAGGUAGAUCAAGGAGAAAUAGAGAAGAUGACACCAACAAAGAAGGACAUCAUCAAAGUUAACCCUGGUGGCAUGACACCACGUGAUCUAGCUAAGGCUAUAAUGGACAAGGUGUUUACAACUUACCCAAGAAUUCCUGAGCUUGAUCUGGCACUUGUGAUUAGCGCAACUGCAACUCGCAGUGCAGAGAACUUCGAAAAGAUGAAGCAGAUUGUUAACUCUGUUGUCGAGCGUUAUGGGACGUUUAAUAUCAGCUACAGCGUUCUUGUGUUUGGACGAACUCCCACGGUCCACCUGAGGUUUGGUAGAUCGUUCCCUGAUGACAAAUCACUCCAGUUCAUCAUUAAUAACGUCCCAAGGAGUUCUGGGGCUUCUCUUGAUAACGCUCUUGRUGAAGCAAAGAACGUUUUGGAAGCAUCACCUCGAAAACAAGCCAAAAAGGUUGCUGUGGUAAUCAUGGACAAAGACUCAACAAGUAACCUGGAAAAUAUCAAGAAAAAGGCCUUAGAUUUGGAGAUAGCUUCMAUCAAAGUCAUCCCUGUUGCUUUGGGUAACGAAGCAAAUGAAAAGGAGUUGUCAAAAAUAACAMCGCAGAAACAGRACCUAAUAAAACCUGACGAGAACGMACCGACCAAUAGGACAGCAGAACAGCUUGUCAGAAAGGCAAUCAAGGAGUUACCACCCCUCCUAGAAACAGAACUAAUAUUUGCAGUCAGUGCAAGAGCAACAGACCCAACCAAAAACUUCAAGAAGAUGCAAGACAUAAUGAAACGUGUUGUUCGUCAAUACGGAAUGGACAGGAUACACUACAGUAUCAUCACCUUCGGCAGUACUCCCACUACCAUCCUGAAAUUCAACAACAAUAUGAAAGAUGAUAGCGAGUUAGAAAGGUUUAUCGACACUCUACAGAUAAACGGACGUGGAGCUGAUCUUGACAAGGUUCUUGAGAAGGCUAAGGAACUUUUUGACGAGGCGGAGACGUUGAGAUCUGGAACAAAGAAGGUCUUGGUMGUUAUCACUGAUAAACGCUCAGAUUCUAGCUUGUCAGACAUCAGAUCAGCAGUCAGGCCUCUGAAAGAAGAUCGUGUCCAUAUUAUUCCUGUGGCACUCGGUAGUGAAAGCGACAAACAAGAAGCAGAUACCAUUGCACCAGAUGAUGUCAUCACCACUAAAGACAGGGAUAGUCCUCGCAGGAUUACUAAUGCUAUCAUGAAAAAAGCUUUAUCUGAAAUUCCAGUGGUUCCAGAAAUCGACCUUGCCUUUGCCAUCAGUACAUCUGCUGCCAACGCAGACAAAACCUUCACAACGAUGAAAAACACAGUCAACAGCAUCAUUACYAAGUAUGGAACAGACCGUCUCCGAUAUGCCGUACUUCCAUUUGGYACCUUUCCGUCAAACGCGCUGACCUUCCAAGAGAAAUUUGCUACCCUUGAAAAGCUAAAGAACUACAUUGGUUUGAUUCGUCAGCCAAGGGGAGAUCCAAACUUGAAGCGCGCGUUUGAUGAGGCUAAGAGAGUAUUUGAUAGAGCUCCUUCGCGACCUAAUGCUAAGAGGAUUCUUGUUGUUAUUGUUGAUAAAUUGCCUGUUGAUUCACCCGAAGAGGGCAUGAASGCAGUGAAGAACUUGAACAAGAACAACAUCAAAGUGGUGCCUGUUGCUAUUGGUAACGAGGUGGACCCGGACGAGUUGGUGAAAAGAACGAAUAACAAGCAGUACCUUGUGAAGGGCAAAACAGACGAGAAUCCUGAACCAUUAGGAGACAAGAUUAUGGAUAAAGUAUUGAGGGAGCUUCCCAAUAUUCCAGAACUCGACAUAGCCUUUGCCCUCAGUGCAACAGCAGUCGAUGGAGACUCCAAAACAGACAUCGCAUUUGUGAUCAGUGCUGCCGGUACAAACUCGAUUGCAACCUUCAUGAAGCUCAAAGAUGUCAUCAAGAACAUCAUUGAUAAGUACAGCAUUGGUAGUACUSGAUAUGCCGUGGUUACCUUUGGCGAUACGCCUGUUAUUAACACCAUGUUUAAGGAYACUUAUYCAAGUGAUACAGACUUGAAGAACUUUGUUGAGAGCAUAUUCAAACCGUAUGGGGGUUCAGAUCUUGCYAAAGCACUAGAAACUGGACGCCUAGUGUUYGAACCAUCCCGAGGUGCGCGUCCCAACGCACGAAAGAUCCUGGUCCUGAUAACAGAYCGUGAAUCGGACAGCAGUGUGAAGGAUGUCCAARACAAAGCCAAGGAGAUCGARAGGGAGUAUAUUCGUAUCAUUYCUUAUUCUCUUGGAAAUGARGAUAACAGGAAGGAGUUGAAUGUGACCACGCCYAUUAAAGAUGACGUCAUCGAGGGGAAUGGAAAUGACCCUGCGACAGAGAUUAGUAAAGAGAUUAUCAAGAGGAUCGAAAAAGAACCUAUUCCAGAACUUGAUUUGGCCUUCGCACUCAGCGCAGACGCACUAGAUGCUGACGAGACAUUCAWCCUCCUUAAGGAUGCUGUCACUUCAAUCGUUGACAAAUAUGGCAAGGAUAAAGUAAAAUAUGCUGUGAUUGUCUUCGGAGCAAAUGCUGAGACUCGGCUAAACUUCGGUGACCUUUCGGUGGAUCUUGAUGAYUUAAAAGAACAUAUCAAUAAUAUGAAUCAACCUUUUGGUCAGCCAAAUCUGCAGAAAGCUUUGACUGAAGCUGAUUUGGUAUUCAAGAGGGAACGGCCGAGAGCGAAAGUGCGUAGAGUUUUGGUCGUCGCRAUGGAUAAGAAAUCUGUCAAUAGAAUGAAUGAGAUCAAAACUGCUGCAAUGCCUCUCGAGAAAGCCAACAUCAAAGUCAUCCCAGUGCUGGUGGGAAAUACCGCUGACCCGCCAGACCUGACWGACAUCACCACUAACAAAGGUUACAUCGUGAAUGGCACUAACGUAAAGGAUCCUGAUGAUCUCGCUGAAGAAAUACUCAAGAAAGUCAAAGUCGAUCUUCCAAACGUCCCUAAGCUUGACCUUGCCUUCGCACUGAGUGCCAACGCCCUCSAAUCCGACAGGAACUUCCAGACAUUCAAGAAAAUUAUUAAAUCAAUCAUCGACCAACAUGGCACUUCCAGGAUACGAUAUGCUGUCAUAGUAUUUGGCGACAGACCGUCUAUCAAGUUACGCUUCACCGAUUCUUACCCUAGCGACGAGUACCUUAAGCGUCUCCUUGACAACAUACCACGUGUCCGAGGAGCAARGCUGGAUCUUGCACUAGAGGAGUCCAAGGCUUUGUUUGAUGCUAGAUCUGAUGCGAAGAAGAUACUGGUGGUUAUAAUGGAUAAGAAGUCUGGUUCUCGUGCCCCUGACAUCAAACAAGCUGCAAGUUCUGUAGAAGAAGCCGGUAUUCGAGUGAUUCCAGUUGUCUUUGGUCGAGAAGCAGAUGUAGAUGAAGGCGACUCUAUCACUCCCGACAAAAGAGAUGUCAUUGUACCAAMAAAUGAAAAGCCUGACGACAUUGGGAAAGAGAUCAUAGACACCGUCCUUGAAGAGAGAAAGAAACUGCCUGAAACAGACAUGGCCUUUGCCAUCAGCGCAACAGCAGUCAGCGCCAGCUCAAACUUCAGAAAGAUGCAAGAUAUCAUCAAUGCCAUUAUCGAUGAAUACGGAUCAAACAAGAUCCAUUACAGUCUCGUCACCUUUGGCGACAGGCCUCUUGUCGCAUUGAAGUUUAGUAAUAAAUUCCCUGGAAACCGGCAGUUAAAGAGCCUCAUUUCUAAUGUACCCAGAAAUCCUGAUAGCUCUUCAUUAGACCGAGCUCUAGAGGAAUCACGUGAUUUCUUCGAUCCAGCUGUUGGCGCUCGUCCUAAUGCUAAUAAAGUACUCGUCGUGAUCACCGAUAAGCGCUCUGGAAGCACUGAAAGUAACGUGCGCGAGGCUGCUAAGCUGCUUGAAGAAGAUGGUAUCCGGGUCAUCGCGGUCGCUCUUGGCCGUGAGUCGAGCCCCGGUGACCUGGGGAUAACAACGCCUGAUGUAAUACCUACAAAGGAAACCGACGGACCCAAAAAGAUAGCAGAUAAAAUAAUGGACAAAGCUUUAAAUGAUACGGCCAGGAUUCCUGAAGUAGAUCUUGCUUUUGCAAUCAGCACUACUGCUGCGUCAGCUGACUCCACCUUCAGGCGCAUGCGUGAGAUGGUCAAAGCAGUGAUUGACAUGUAUGGAACUGAAAAGAUUCGCUACGGUAUCAUAGUAUUCGGUGCUACUACAUCUACAAGCCUUUCAUUCAGCGAAACCUAUCCAACUAAAGAGGCAUUCAAAAAUUACCUUGACCUUAUGCGACGGGUCGAUGGUGAACCUGACUUGAUUAAGGCGUUGGAAGACUCCAAGCGGCUGUUUGAGAGUGCUCCGCCUAGACCAAAUGCCAAGAAAGUACUCGUGGUGAUUGUCGAUAAUAAAUCCAGUAACAGGCCUGAAGAUAUCAAAGCUGCUGCUAAGCCUUUACAUGACUAUAAGAUUAAGGUGAUUCCUGUUGUGGUGGGAGAGGACGCUGACACAGAUGAAUUAGAGCCCAUUCUUCUAACAAUAACGGUAAUCCUUAAAACCAACCAGACUGAAAAACCAACAGACCUUGCAAAAAGAAUCAUGAAGAAAGUUUUUACCGACAAAAGAGACAUACCAGCGAUCGACUUGGGCUUUGUCAUCAGUGCUACUGCCGUCGAUGCCGAUGAAAACUUUCAACAGAUGAAAGACAUCAUCAAACGGAUGAUUACCAAAUAUGGCACAGGAAAAAUUCGGUACAGUUUGAUAGUGUUUGGAGACAAUCCUGCCAUUAAACUAAGAUUUAGUUCAGUGUUUGCCAGUAACAAAGCAUUACGCAACCAUUUGGAGAUGGUGCCACGUUCACGUGGUGGGGCUCUUGACAAAGCAAUGGAGGUAGCUAAAGACCUGUAUGAAAGAGAAGCCAGACCAGAUGCACUGAAAGUCCUCGCUGUCAUUAUGGAUAAAAAGUCUACGAGCGGCCCAGAUGAAUUGCAUUCUAAAGCCAAGUCAGUGGAGGAUGCUGGGAUAAUAGUGGUACCUGUAGCUCUCGGUUCAUCGUCUGAUGCGGACGAGUUGAGUAAAAUAACACCAUGGAAGGACAAUGUUAUAAAAGCUAACAAGACUGUGAGUCCUUCUGUUGUCGCUGAGACCAUUCUGGACAAGGCACUUACACGCCGACAAAAACUCCCAGACAUUGAUCUAGUAUUCGCCCUUGGCGCUGCCUCCCUCAGAUCCACCAGAAAUUUCCAAGAAAUGAAAAAUAUCAUCAACGAAAUCAUCGACGAGUAUGGCACUUAUAAAUUCCGCUACGCUGUUCUAACAUUCGGUGACAAACCCACUGUACAGCUUAGGUUUGGCACUAAGUACCCCACAGAUGCUGACCUCAAGCGAGCAAUCCAGAUCAUACCGAAGAUUGACGGUGGUGUUGACCUUGAACGAGCUCUAAGAGAAUCACGGAACCUUAUGAAUGCAGCUAGGCCACAAGCAAGGAAAGUUCUUGUAGUCGUAGUUGAUAAGAGGUCGGACAAUACUGUGGAAGAAUUGAAGGCUGCUGGUAAAUCCUUAGAGGAGGAAGGAAUACGAGUCAUUCCUGUUGCGUUUGGUAAUGCUGGGGACCCUAAUGAAUUGGGUCAUGUGACUCCAAUCAAAGAAGAUGUAUUACCAACUAAUGAUGGCGAUGGAGCGAAGAAAACUGCAAAGAAGAUUAUGGAUAGGGUGCUGAACGAAAAAGCAGCAAUGCCAGCCAUAGACCUCGGGUUCGCCAUCAGCGCCGACGCCCUCGAUUCUGACGAGACCUACGCACUAAUGAAAGACGCUAUUGGAUACAUCGUCAACAAAUAUGGAACAACUCGUCUCCGUUAUGCAGUUAUCGCAUUCGGCUCGUCUCCCACAACACAUAUUGACUUUGGUCAAGCCUUUCCUGACCCCAACUAUUUGAAACGACGUGUAGUGUCCUUACCACGCUCUUCCGGAACACCGAACCUGAACGAAGCUUUGGCGGAAGCCAAAAAACUUUUCGAGUUUGCUCCAGCCAGACCUAACUCCAGAAAGGUAUUAGUAGUAAUAGUAGACAAAAAAUCAUCCAACACUCCUGACGAAAUCAAGACUAAUACCAAAAUCUUGGAGAAGAUCGAUGUUCGGGUAAUACCAGUCGCUGUAGGAACUGACGCCGACCCAACAGAACUAGAAAAGAUAACUGGAAACAAAGAGAAUAUGCUGAAAGUACCUAGAGAUGAAAAGGCUAACAGUCUUGGCCAGAAAAUCAUGGACAAAAUAUUGAAACCUAUUGAAACGAUCCCAGAAAUGGAUAUCAGUUUUGUAAUGAGUGCCACUGCAAUUGAUGCAAUCACCAACUUCGAGACGAUGAAAGGCAUCGUGAAAGCUGCCAUCGACAGAUACGGCGGUGAUCGUCUGCACUACAGCGUUAUUGUAUUUGGCAACACACCCGCACUGAAGUUGGAAUUUACAUCAAAAUUCCCCUCUGAUGAUGAUUUUAAGAAGUUUGUUGAGAACAUUCCAAGAGCUAGUGGUACAGCUCUCGAUAAGUCUCUCGAACUGGCGAGAAAUGAAUUUAAUAGAAAUGGUAGACCAGGUGUCAAGAAGGUCAUAGUUAUUGUUAUGGACAAGAAAUCCACUAGUGAUCCAGAGGAACUAAAGAAACACAGCAAACUUCUGGAUGAAGAAGGAUACAUUGUUAUACCAGUAGCAUAUGGAAGAGAAUCUGAUCCAACUGGACUAAAAGACACCACACCAUAUGAAGAAUACUUGAUUGAAGUCGAUGAAAAAGAAAAACCAAAAGACAUCUUGACUGAGAUCAUGAAUAAGAUUGGCAAUCAGAAAAAGCGCGUUCCAGAGCUCGACCUUGGUUUUGCCAUCAGUGCCACUGCUGUCAAAUCUGCUAACAACUUUGAAACAAUGAAAGACACCAUCAAAAGAAUUGCUGAAAAUUACGGCACAAGUAAGAUACGGUAUAGUUUGAUGGUCUAUGGUGAUAGACCUACAAUAAAUAUCCCUUUUAGAAGCCGUCCAAUAUCAGUGGAAGAACUGAGUAGGUCACUUGAUGCGGUCUCUAUGACGGGCAGAAGGGCUAACCUUGAUAUGGCUUUACAAGAAGCAACGACGAUGUUCAUGAACCCAAGAUCUACUGCUAAACUGGUGCUUGUUGUGAUUGCUGAUAAGAGAUCUGAUAGCGGUCAGAACGAUGUCAAGAUAAAGGCACGUCUUCUUGAAGAAAAGAGCAUUCGUGUCAUACCAGUUGCCUUGGGAUCCGAGUCAGACCCAAAAGAGCUCACCAUCGCCACAACAAACAAGCGUAAUCUGAUCAAGGCAGGUGACAACGAAGACCCAAAAACACUAGGUGACAAAAUUAUGGGCAAAGUUAUAGAAGAUUUCCCUUCUGUUCCGGAGACGGACCUUGCGUUUGUCAUCAGUGCAACAGCCGUCCAGUCUGAUAGGAAUUUCAUGAAAAUGAAGGAUGUUAUUAAGAAUAUCAUUAAUAAAUACGGCCAAGGGCGAAUCCAUUAUAGCAUCAUUGUCCAUGGAACAGUGCCCAAUAUUGAGAUACGUUUUGGCGAGUCCUUCUCGACAGACGAAAGCCUCCUUAACCUCGUAACCAGCAUUCGAAAGCUUAGUGGGUCGAAUUUGGAUGGAGCCCUGUCAAGCGCUAAAAACCUUUUCGACAACUCCCGUCCUAAUGCCAGAAAAGUAUUAGUUGUGAUCGCUGACAAUCGAUCAGGAAAAUCUGAAAAUGAUAUCGUAAUGGCUGCGAAAGGACUGGAGAACGCGGGUGUCCAGGUCAUCCCCGUAGCAUUUGGAAGCGAGUCGAAUCCGAAUGAGCUGGAGAAGACAACUGGGAAUAAGAAAAAUAUGGUUAACACAACUGAUGAUGAGGACUCUGACAAGAUUGCCAAGAAAGUCAUGGAUAAAUUCUUCGAAAACAAUCCUAACAUUCCAAUGACUGACCUUGCCAUUGCUAUUAGUGCAACUGCUGGCGAGUCAUACCAAAAGUUUGAACAGAUGAAGGAUAUUCUAAAAAGCAUCAUCGAUUCUGUUGGUCAAGAUAGGGUCAAGUACAGCUUAAUGACCUUUGGUACUCGACCUUCUGUGAGAUGGCGAUUUAGAGAUAGGUUCCCAAGCAAUGACAGGCUCAAGAAGGUCAUUGACUCUGUCCCCAAACCCACCGGGCAGUCUAAUCUUGAUGGAGCUUUAAAAGCAGUGCAGGAUCUAUUUACCUCUGCUGCUGGUGCAAGAACCGACGCUAAUUCCAUUUUGGUGUUAGUAACAGAUAAAGACGCUGACAAUACCGAAGAAGAGAUAAAAGCCGCCGUGAAACCUUUGGAAAAACAAGGGAUUAGAAUAAUUACAGUUGGUAUUGGAAACAGCGUUGAUCCCAAGAAACUUGAAAAAAUAGCUGCUGUGAAGAAAGACGUGGUUAAACCCAAGACCUCCGACAAACCUGACAAGACGGCUGAAGAAAUCAUUGCGAGAAUAAUAGAGGAUUCUAAAAUAUUACCAGAGGUAGACCUUGGAUUUGCCAUUAGCACUAACGCCUUGAACUCAGCUAAAACCUUCUCCUUGAUGAAGGACACCAUCAAGUACGUCGUAGAUACAUACGGCCGUGUCAAGCUACGCUAUGGCGUCAUCGUCUUCGGCAGCACACCUUCAAUUGCUCUCAGCUUUAGUGAAAGAUUUGCCAACAUUCCUGCCCUUAAGGUUUAUCUUGAUCAAAUACAACAGCCACGUGGUACACCUGAUUUAAAGAAAGCACUAGACAUGUCUGUUAACAUGUUCGAAAAUGCUUCCCCACCUAGACCUGAUGCUAAGAGAUUCUUAGUGGUAAUAAUGGAUGAUAGAUCAGUUAACACUAUGGAAGAGUUGAGGAAUUCUGUGAUGCCUUUGGAGAAAGUUCCCAUUAAAGUCAUAUCAGUUAUUGUGCCUCCCAGUGCUGACGAGAAAGAGAUGAACAAGAUAGUCCCUAACAAACUCAAUGUCAUCGAGAAGGAAACAGAGGAUACUCCGAAAUCUUUGGGCGACAAAAUCAUCGACAAAGUUAUUGAAGAUAACCCGAUCAUCCCAGAAGUCGAUCUCAUAUUUGCCAUCAGCUCCACUGCAUCUAGUUCUCCAGCAAACUACAUCCAGAUGAAAAACAUCAUUAAGAGCGUCAUUGAUAAUUACGGCAUGACGAAGAUCAACUACGGCUUGAUUACCUUUGGAUCUCAGCCAGUUACCGACAGUGGUCUAACGGAAUAUUUCAGUAGUGAAAGCUCUUUGAAAGCUUUCGUUGAUUCCUUGAGAAGACGUAGUGGAGCAGCUCUUGACAAAGCUCUCGAAGAGGCAAAGAAAGCAUUUGAAGAUAGUACAAGAUCUGAUGCUAAGAAAGUUCUAGUUGUUAUCGUCGACAAGAACUCCGACAGCACAGAGAAAGAACUUACUACUAAAGUAAAGCCCUUAGAGACUGCUGGGAUACAUGUCAUACCUGUUGCCUUGGGAACGGAUGCCAACCCACGUGAGUUGCUUCUUAUUACUCCGUACAGCAAGAAUCUGGUAACCGUCAAGCCUGGAGACAAGCCUGAGGAAACAGCAGAGGACCUGAUGGAAGUGGUAUUCAAAGCCAAGCCAGUGGUACCCGAGAUGGACAUGGUAUUUGCUAUCAGCGCAGCUGCUCUGUCAGCCGAAAAGAACUUUAACUCAAUGAAAGACAUCAUCAAGAGAAUCGUGGAGAAAUAUGGCACCGACAGAAUAGCAUACAGUCUUGUCACCUUUGGGGACCCACCAAGUGUACAUUUACGGUUCCGAGAAAAUUACCAAACAGAAGAACUGAUCAGACUUAUUGGAGCUUUACCGAAGCCUAGAGGAGGUGUUAAUCUUGAAGCUGCUUUAGAGCAGUCAUCCAGUCUAUUCACCACAUCAGAAGGAGGUCGCCCUAGCGCCAAGAAAGUCCUAGUGGUAAUAGUAGACAAGAAAUCUGACAGUGUGGUUGAAGAUGUCAAAGACGCGGCUAACAUGAUAAUCCAAGAUGGUAUCCGUAUUGUUGCGGUUGCCCUUGGUAACGAGGCUGAUCGUAAAGAGCUUGAACCGCUGACUCCUAAUGAGGAUGACCUACUUGUGCCCCAGAUUCUUGAUCGAGUGCCGGAUAAAAUCAUUGAAAGAGCAGUCAAUGACUCCCUUGUGGUGCCCAAGAUUGACCUUGGAUUCUUGAUAAGCGCAUCAACAUCUGGAGCCGAUUCCACCUUCAAGCUAAUGAAAGACACUUUCAAUGAAAUCGUCGAUAAAUAUGGCAAAUCUCAACUGAAAUAUAUGGUAAUUGUAUACGGCGACAGAGCAACAGUAGAAGUCAGUCCAGAUGUGGAGUUCCCCAACAAAGAAAGCUAUCGCCAACUAAUGAAUCGCGUUACACGUCCCAAUGGAGAACCCAAUCACGGGGCUGCGUUGAACCAAGCAAUGCUGACAUUCCAGCGUUCCUCUCGUCCAGAGGCCAAGAAAGUCGUGGUCGUCGUUACAGAUAAGUUCCCUAUGGAUGUCCCAGAGACCGUUAGGAAAGCUGCCAGGGGGUUAGAACUGGAUGGGGUUAAGAUCAUUCCUGUACCAGUUGGAGGUGAUGCUGAUGAAGAUGGGAUCAAGAAACUGUCUCCAUUUAAGGAUGUUAUGGUUAAAGCUGGAAAAAAUGAUAAUCCUAAAGAUUUGGCUGAAAAGAUUAUGACGAAUGUCCUUAAAGAUACACCCAAAGUUCCAAUGACAGACCUCGUGUUCCUCAUCAAUGCCCAACCCAGCAACUUCAACAACAUUCGAGACGCCAUGACAGCUGCAGUUACCAAAUAUGGCACAAAUGAGAUCAAAUAUGGUAUAGUCGUCUAUGGAAGUAUAGCAACAGUAAAACUGCGUCUAAGAGAUCGUAUUCCGAAUGACGCCGUCCUCAAACGAUUGAUUGAGGGUAUCUCACCUAAUGCAGGGAUUGCAAGUCUGAGUAGGGGACUCGCAGAAGCCAAGACAUUGUUUGAUAGCUCUGAUGUCACGAGGAAAGACGCCCGUAAGAUAUUAGUCGUGAUAACCGACACGAGGACAGGGGCUAAUAAGGAUGUAAUUCAGAGAGAAAUUAGAGAGAUUUAUGACAAAGACGUUCGUGUGAUUCCAGUAGCUAUCGGAAGGAGUGCAAUUACAGACUUCGAUAUUGACUUUAAGGAUGCCGAUGUCAUUGUGUUCAAUGGAGACGAACAUCCCAAGAAGAUGGCAAAUACGAUUAUGAAGAAUGUUACUAGUGAUGUACAUCGCAUUCCUACCCUCGACGUUGUCUUUUCACURGGUGCAGCUGCAACAGACUCUCGGAACAACUACAAUGCAAUGAUAUCAACUAUCCAAUCAAUAAUACAAGAAUAUGGCAUCAAGAAGUUAUCGUACAGCAUUGUUACCUUCGGCAAUCAACCGGAUGUGCGCUUAUUACUCAAAAACCAAUUCAGCAAUAAAAAUGAGCUGAAGACAUUGCUUAGUACAUUCUCCCGAUCCUUCGGUGAACCAGACCUCGAAAAAGCUCUCUCGAAAUCAAUGGAAAUGUUUUCAACCUCGAAUGGCCAUCGCGAUGGUGCUCGUAAAGUCGUUGUCGUACUAAUCGAUAAAAGGUCGGUGAGUUCUGAUGAUAUCCGACGAAUUGUCGAGAGAUACGAAACAGAAAAGAUCAAGAUUGUGCCGGUUAUAUUCGGAAAUGAAAUAGACUCCACCGAGGUUGUAUUGAUUGCUUCUGAUAAAAAUAAGAACAAUGUUGUAACGACUUCGAACCGAGAGAAGCCCGACAGACUUGGAAAGAUAAUUAUGGACGCAAUAAAUAAAGCUCUUAAAGACCCUUGCCUCAAGACAGUAUGUAAGUUCUACUCGCGAUGCGUCAAGGCACCAGAUAACACAGUAUCGUGUGUUUGCCCAUCGGGAUGCACUGCAGAUUAUAAACCCGUCUGUGGAAGCAACAAAGUCACCUACACUAACAACUGCACCAGAAUGGUACAAUCCUGUAACGCAAAAACUGAUAUUGGUUUCGUCAAGAAUGGUGCAUGCGCAGCCUGUAAUCAUUCCCUUUCGCUAGUCUUCGUUGUCGGAAGUGGAAGUUUCAACCUAAAGAAGCAAUUCAUGAAAGCCUUGGUUGAUGAAUUUGAAGUUGGAGAAGACAACCUUCAACUCGCUAUAGUAUAUUACGACAACAGCGCGUCCGUGAGCAUGGACUUUGAUGGAAAGUUAAGCAAAGAGGACACGAAGUYUAUGAUCGACAGAAUCACAGAAAAGGGACGAGGGAGUCAGUACAGCGAAGGAUUGAAGAAAGCUGACGAAAUCUUGACCAAAAACAAAAGAGAUGACGUCAAGGCGAUUGUCGUGGUUGCUGAUAGAGACGAUUCAUCCACACCAGCUGUUGUACUAACCACCAGAGCCCUGAAGGAAAAGAGCUACAAGGUAUUUGCUGUUGGUAUUGGUUCAAGGGUGAGUAGAUCACAGCUUAGCAGAGCAGCAUCGCAAGAGAACUUCUACAACAGCUUGAACUCCUACCAAGAUCUUUUGAACUUUGCACCUUCUUUAUCAAGACAACUGUGCAAACAAUCAGAACUUUUGAUCUCAAGGUACACGGAUUUGGCGUUUGCAAUCUCCGCCACUGGAGCACAAGGUGAGGUGAUCUACAACCACCUGAGGGAUGCCAUCAAAGACAUCAUCGAGAAGUACCAGCAGAACAGGAUACGCUACGGCUUUAUUGAAUUCUCAGAUCUGCCGAAUCCAAAGAUCAAGUUCGACGAUGACUUUGGUAGCCUGAAAAAGCUUAUUGACUAUAUUUCUGUGCUUCCUCGCUCAAUCGGGCGUCCAAAUAUCAAGAAAGCUUUGGAUGAGGCAUCAAAUAUGUUCAGAAUGUAUUCCAAGCCGUUGGUACGCAAGGUGCUGGUGAUAACUGUAGACAGAUCCUCGUCUGAGAACAUGGACAUCGUCAUAAGGGCUGCUAAGACAUUGGAGCAGGAAGGAAUAAAGGUUAUUCCUGUUGCUAUAGGAACAACCCCGGAUAAGAACCAGCUCAUCAAGUUGACUCCAGAUCCCAACAACCUGAUUGACAAACCUCAAGUAACAAACCAUAAGGAUACAGCUACCAAGAUCAUGGCUAAAGUUCUCAUCGAUCCCUGUAAGAACGUGAAGUGCCCAUUUAACGCUGUGUGCGUCCCAUUGGCCAAUGACUCGAUCUCAUGUCAGUGUGAUACAACAUGCCCAACCAAUGGUGAUCCAGUAUGCGGUAAUGAUGGUGUAUCUUACGCUAAUGAAUGUGUCCUUAAAGUCAAAUCAUGUCAGAUUCGAAAACAAAUUGCUGUCAAGCACAAAGGAUUCUGCCGAAGAACUUUGGAUCUCGGGUUCGUUUUGGGUGUGUCGGGAGCGAAUGCUGAUAAUUACUUCUCCACCAUGAGAGACAUGAUCAGGACUAUCAUCAACCAGUACGUUAUCUCGCCCACUGAUACUCGCUUGGGAUUGGUAGACUACAACGGCCCGGCAACUACACAUAUAUUGUUCAGGGAUAACUACGAUAAGACUAGUUUCUUGACUAGACUGGCAACAAUUGGGACCCGCGACCGAGGGCAACUGGCGGAUGGAUUGCGUAAGGCCCGUGAAGAUCUUUUAAGGAGAUCUAACGGCAAUCGUCCAUUUGUCAAAGACGUCUUAGUGGUGAUGACUAUAGGUGACUUUGAUGAGGCGUCGCCCCAAGUUAAACAAGAGAUCCAGAAAUUGCGUGACAUUGGUGUCAAAGUGGUGCCGAUUGGACUGGGAAGUCCGUCACGCAAUAAGAUCAAGGCCAUUGCUUCUGGGGACGAUCUGGCUGUUGUUCCAGCACCAGGACAGGAAACCAAAGAAGCAAAACGUAUUCCUUUAAUUAUCGCACAAGAAUUCCGUGACUGCUCUGAAGUGAAGACCGCUGGCUACACAGACGGACACUACUUGAUUCACAUCAGCGAGAAUUGCCUGGAUCCCAUCCGUGUGUACUGUGACAGCAUGACCACAGGAACCCCAACAGAAUACAUCACUUUACCAGCAGGGCGAACAAACAACUAUGCCAUCAUCUACGACAAGAGGCUCCGACAACGAUACCAAUGCAACGGAGAAGAGAUGUCGCAAUUGUAUGCCGAAAGCGGCUCUACAUCGUUCGAGAAGGUUCGACUUCAACGCAAGCCUUUAGCUUUGGUUGAGAAUGACUUUAAAUUCGCUAUCUCGAAACUGGGAGGUAAUAACAUCCCAUACGGUACAGCAGGCGAUUGUUAUUCAGUUCAGGCUGAUUGUCGCAAGGGCAGCUUUAAGAUUGAUUUGACUGGGACGCGAUUGCAUCUUAAAGACACUGUAGAAUGGAUUCACCAAGGAUUCCCCAAAAGCUUUCAGAUCCAAGACUUCAAUAGAACAGAUAACAAUCUGAUUGUAUCUGCUAAAUGUGGUGGUUAUUGUGCACGGUGUAGGCCAAAAGGAGGAUUGAUUGCUGUGGAACCAAUGUGUACAAUGCCUGCAGGCUGUCCAAUACCCAUGGAUGUGGUCUUUGCCGUCGACAGCUCAAACUUAGUCUCCUCCUCGGAGUUUGAGAAAGAGAGAGAACUGGUCCAGAUGAUGAUCAACACGUUCAAAAUUUCUUCUAAUCUCACACGGGUAGCGGCAUUCCAGCACAGCGCAGGCCCAACCACAUACUUUGGGCUUACUGACUACGCAGAGACAGAUUCACUUAACCAACAAAUAGAAGACCUGCGACAAGACCGCUUGCCUGUAACUAACACUCGGAUAAGUAGAACUCUAUCAGCAGCUUAUAGUGCCUUAGGUCAAGGAUCAGGUGGGCGCCGGGGAAUACCCCGUACAGUAGUAGCCAUUAUUAAAGGACCUAUCAAGGAGGAUGUUAAGCCAACUGCUGAUGCUUUGAGAGCAGAUAGCAUCAAGGUUUUGGUUGUUGGUGUUGGAAGGGACUCGCCGAUGGAUAAAUUAGAACAGAUAGCAAGCACAAGAAGCAAUGCUUAUAAGAUUAAUAGCUUUGAUGAGUUACCCAUGUUGAGCAUCAAGCUGGCUAAGGAGACAUGCAAGGAUCCAUGUUUCAAGGUUGAUUGUAAAAACAACGCAAUAUGCGUACCGUCAUCAGAUGGCAGCACGAGYUGUGUCUGUCCAAACAUUAACGACUGUCCUCGAACACCUUCAUAUGUGUGUGGAACUGAUGGCGUUAACUACCAGACAGACUGUGAGCUCAGAGUGACUUCUUGUCUCAACAAGAAAGACGUUAGUGUUGCCAACCUGGGUCAAUGUGAUGCUUGUGCAACAACUAAAUGCAAGAACAAUUCUCGAUGUGAGAUGGUCAAUGGAUUGCCAAAAUGUGUGUGCACUGACGUCAGAGAAUGUCCAGCAAGUCUAGACCCCGUAUGUGGAAGUGACGGUAAUACGUACAUCACUAGCUGUCACUUGGCCGUUGACGCAUGUAACAAGGAUAAUGGCGUCACCGUUGUUAGGAUAGGAGAGUGCGACCCUUGCUGGAAAGCCCAAUGCCCAGACAACAAGCAGUGUACAGUUGGAGAAAACGGUAAACCAAAGUGCGCAUGUCAGUCUGAAAGAGAUUGUCCGCUGACCGUUGAUGUAGUAUGCGGUAGUGAUGGCGUUUCGUACAUUAACUUGUGUGUGAUGAAGAACAGAGCUUGUGUGAAAGGUUUGCCGAUCACAGAAAAACACAAAGGAUAUUGUGGAGCAUGCGCUCUAACUGAUACAUGUCGUUAUGGAGCCCAGUGCCUCUCCAAUUUCGAUGGAACAGUCACGUGUGAAUGUGGCAGAGAAAGCGACUGCCCUGCUGGUGACGACAACGACGUUGUAUGCGGCGAUGAUGGAGAGACAUAUCAAAGCAAAUGCACAAUGGAUGCUGAAUCGUGUAUGACAAAUAUGAAGAUAAGCGUUGUACACAAGGGACCGUGCGGAGCCUGUCGACYCAACCAGUGCGACUAUUACGCUACAUGCAUAGGACAAUUAAAUGGUCCAUCAAUCUGUCAAUGUCCAAAGAGAUCUGACUGUUUACAAGAAAAUAAUCCUGUCUGUGGCACUGAUGACCAAACCCAUCUCAAUGAGUGCAUGAUGAAGGCUUACGCAUGCGCAAUGAAGCAGAACAUCCGCGUUAAGCACCAGGGCCAGUGUGGUCCUUGUUCAAGUAUUUUGUGUACUGGUGGUAGACAUUGCGUGACGAUACAGGAAGGCGUGACAAGCCGCGCGGAGUGCAAGUGUCCUUCAUAUAAAGACUGCGCGCGUGAUUUCAAACCUGUUUGUGGUUCUAAUGGCAAAACAUACGUCAGCGAGUGUCGCUUGAGAGUCGAUGCCUGUAAAACUGGAUCACCUAUAACUGUAACCAAGAAGGGAUCUUGUGAUCCAUGUGUGGCUGCUAACUGCAAGUACAAUGCCAACUGCAUCAAAAGGCAAGAUGGAUCAACCGUCUGUGAAUGCCCCGCCAAAAACAGUUGCCCUUCUGUGAGGAAACCUGUAUGUGGGUCUGAUGGCAAAACUUACGACAACGAAUGCAAAAUGAAGGCCGAAAGCUGCGCUGGAAGUGAUGAUGUUAAACUUGUACACAAUGGACCUUGCUCACCUUGCUCGUUCUCGACCUGUCAUGAAAUCAACGGUACCUGUGUUGCAUCUGACACCAAAGGCACCGAGUGCCUAUGUGUUCCUGUAGAGCGUUGUCCACGUGGACGAGAUCCCGUAUGUGGAGAUGACGGAACAACAUAUGAUAGCCAAUGCCAUCUCGAGGCCACAUCAUGUGACACCAAGACACCAAUCAAAAAGCGUGCCAAUGGUCCUUGUGACUCGUGUGCCAAGAAGAAAUGUCUGUACAAUGCCAACUGUCGCGUCAUCUCUGGUGGAGCAACUGAGUGUGUUUGCCCGACGGUUUGUCCUCGUGUCUUUAAACCAGUGUGUGGAAGCAAUGGUGUGACCUAUGACAACGAGUGUAUGGCAAGAAUAGACUCUUGUCAAAAACAGGUUCAUCUCGACUGGAAACCUGGACGAUGUGGUGUUGUAACAGCUCCCUGCUCGGUGCGCAAGUGUCGCUUCUACUCCAAGUGUUUGUUCACUGGCCGUUMUCUUGAAUGUCGGUGUCCCGAAGAGAGUGAUUGCUCAAAGCGAGCAGGACCUGUCUGCGGGCUUGACGGAAAGAUAAAGAAGACCUACGCAAGUCAAUGUAUGAUGGAAGUGGAAAGCUGCUCGAUGGCAAAGAAUAUUAAACUUGUUUCAUUUGGACCAUGUGCUGCUUGUACCAGUGUGACUUGCAGAUAUUAUGGUAAAUGUGAAAUUACGAAAGAUGAACGUACUACAUGUAUCUGCCCUAAAGAAGAAUCGUGCUCUCGUGGCGUCGAUAUGGUGUGUGGUACAGAUGGACGUUCAUACCUGAAUGAGUGUAUCAUGAAAGCCAAGGCCUGCAAGAGACAGCAGGACAUCAGAGUAGACAGACAAGGAUACUGCCAAAUCUGUAACGUUGUCAAAUGCCCUGGCCACACCCACUGUUUCCCUAAACCCGGUGGAGAGUACGAAUGUCGCUGUCCCAGGGAAAAUGAAUGCCCGUCAGGUGGAACUAAGGCAUGCGGUAGUGAUGGAGUGACGUACAAAAACAAGUGUUCACUGAAGGCUGAGGCUUGUCGACAGCAGAGGAUAGGAAUUGCUACACCGGUGAAGCUUGUCAGGGAUGGGGAUUGUGGAAGCUGCGAUGAUGUCCGUUGCCAAGACAACAAAGUUUGCAAGUUGAAAUUUGGUCGAGUCACUUGUGAAUGCCCGGAUACAAGCUACUGUGACAAGAAACCUGACCCAGUGUGUGGAACAGAUGGACAGGAAUACUCUAAUGAGUGUCUGCUGAAAGUUGUUGCUUGUAAGAAGAAAAAUGGACUCAAGGUUGCUAACAAGGGAAAAUGCGGUGGUGGAUGCAGCCUUCACAAGUGUCGAACAUACGCCACAUGUUACGAAGCACCAGAUGGCUCACCGAUAUGUGUCUGUCCAAAGAAGAACGACUGCCCGUCCCUGAUCCAACCCAUAUGUGGCAAUGAUGGAAAAACCUACCUUAGUGAAUGCUUUAUGAAGGCCAUUGCGUGCCAUAAGAAGUUGGGYACUAGGAAAGUGAAGGAUGGACAUUGUGAUCCAUGUAAGUUGGUGACGUGUCAGUACUACGGCAAAUGUGAAGCCUUAUCUGCUGGUGGAACACGAUGUGUUUGUCCUCGUUUGUUGGAUUGUUCAACCAAAGUCGACAGAGUUUGUGGAUCCAAUGUUAAGUCGUACCAGAGCGAGUGUCAUCUCAGGGUUGAUUCAUGCACCACGAAGAAGAAAAUAAGAGUGCUUCACAAGGGCUAUUGUGAUCCUUGCUCAACACACAAGUGCGAUAAAUACCACGAAUGCCAAGUCAUUAACAACAAGCCGGUUUGUCGGUGUCCCCUCUGUACAAAGCCCGGUAGCCAGGUCUGUGGUAGCGACAAGAAACAGUACACAAGUGAAUGUAUGCUGAGACUGGAGGCAUGUACCACGCAAACAUCAUUGUACGUGCUGAAGAAGGGAGCCUGUGGUCAAAUCAAUAGUCCUUGCUCUCUUACCCACUGUCCAUACAACGGGCGAUGUGACGCAUCCACUGGAAGACCCGUAUGCCAAUGUCCUCGACUCGAAGAUUGCCCUGAACAAAAUACCCCCGUCUGUGGUAAUGACCGUGUGUCCUAUAGGAAUAAGUGUUACAUGAUCGCCUUGAACUGCCCGAAGAAGAAGUUCGUUAGAGUCAAAAAUGUUGGGUAUUGCGCUGCMUGUGCCUUCGCGCAGUGCCAUCGCAUACACGCCAAGUGUAUUACAACAAUAUACGGAACAGCGCAGUGCGUCUGUCCAUCGCUGAGUGAAUGCGCUGUGUUCAAGGGAGAGAUUUGCGCCAGUAAUCAGAAGACCUAUACCAGUCAAUGCCAUAUGAGAGUGGACGCAUGCAAGACCAACCAGGCACUGAAGGUUGUUCGAAGAGGACGAUGCGAAACGUGCAAGAUCAAGAACUGCCAAUACUACUCUACAUGUUCUAUGGUCAAUGGUAAAGCUCAGUGUAACUGCCCAACCUCUGCUUCGUGUAAAAGUGUCUUGGAACCAGUGUGUGGGUCGGAUAACAAAGAUUACAGAAACCAAUGCGAACUGCAAGUCCGCUCGUGCAACCUGCAAAUAUCAAUUACAGUCAGAUACAAGGGACUGUGUGCACGAGGAGAUUCCGUUGGUUUUGGUCCAACUAGAGUAGGCUAUCUUUACUACAGUACGUUCCCUGGGCUUCCCACAACAACUUACAUCUCGAUGGACUUUAGACCUAUAAGCCAGAGCGGUGUUCUUUUGUACGCCACACAAACACCCGACAGUAGAGGAAAGUACGAUUACAUUUACCUUGUCCUACGAAGAGGAGAAGUUGCCUUAAGCUAUAACCUUGGCAAAGGCCCAGUCGAGAUAGUGAGCUCGAAGAAUAUUAACAUGAAUCAGUGGAACCAGUUACGGAUAACUCGAAACGGUAUUGCUGCCACCCUUGAUCUUAACGGUGAUGUAGUUAGAGGAUCUGCACAAGCUGGGCUCACAAGCCUCAAUCUUGACUCUGGUUACUACAUCGGUGGUGUUGGAAGCCUCGAUAUUCCUAAAAAAUUGCUCAAUAAGAUGCAGACUAAAGCAGGAUUCCUUGGAUGUAUACGAAACCUCAAACUCGAAAACCAAAUCGUUGAUGUUAGUACUCCUCCAAGAAUGCAAGGGCUUGGAGCAAAAGUCCAARAGAAUAUCGUCCAGAGGUGUUCUAGUAAUGCUUGCUUCAUGAAGACCUGCUUAAACGCAGGUAGAUGUAGACUUUUAAAUGGGACGGCGUCUUGUAUCUGCAAAAGUGGAUUCAUUGGACUUCGCUGUGAACGAAGAUCUGAAGUCCCGUAUUUGUCAGCAAAUUCCUACAUAGUCUUGAGGCCUUUCCUACGGCUGAAGGGUGUUAGAGACCGGAAUUUGCUUCCGAAGGGAACUACAUUUGGAGAAGGGUUCUCAUUCUCCYUUAAACCAGAAGCCAACAACGGAGUAAUACUUUACAGUGGAUCAAAUCAAGGAAAUGACUUCUUUUCUCUGGCGAUGAGGAAUGGAAAACUUGAGUACAGAGUAAACGCUGGCAAGUCAACGUUUACAUUAGCGUCAGACCAGCUUAGUCUCAAUAGGCCUGUGCAGGUCCAAAUCGCUCGGACUGGUAACGAAGUCCAGAUGACUGUAGAUGGACGAAAAUACACGGGUAGUUUUUCAGGAUGGAAUAAGGUUGAUGUCAAUGGUAACACCUAUCUUGGGCUGGGUGCUGUCAGCUCGUUCGGUUCCAGUGGGUUAUGGAAUAAGGCGAAAUCAGAUACCGGAGUUGAGGUCAGUUUCAGUGGCUGUAUUCAAGACUUUUCCGUUGAUGACCAAAAACUACGUUCUAAAUCCAUCAGCUUAGCAUACGAUAUCCUAGAUAGCAACACAUUCUUUGUUAUGCCCCCGGUGAACGUCUUUAAAUGUGGCUGCCGUGGCGAACCCUGUUUGAAUAAUGGGGCAUGUGUUAAGAGGUUGAAAGACUACCGCUGUGAAUGUCCUAUAGGAUACACUGGUCCUCGCUGUGGUAUACCUUCAUGUGGUGAGGUAUCUAUCGAUCUAGGCUUCGCCAUUGACGGUUCUAACAGUGUUGAUAAGGACGAGUAUCGCGACUUGCUGGAUUUUAUUAUCGAUGUCAUCAAGGUGUUCCCUAUCUCACGAUCCGGAUCACACGUUGGAAUCGUGGAGUACGGCAAAGGAGCGUCUGUGAGAAUCAAAUUUACUGACCACUACACUCAGGGUAGUUUAAUAUCUGCUGUUAACAACCUGAAACGAGGAAGAUACAUCAAAACCGACAUAACGGAAGGUCUUCGGGUGUCUGCAGAAAUGUUUGACCAAAACUCUCCGUACGGCGCCCGUGGUCCCUCUUUCCGCAAAGUGUUCGUUUUCCUAACUGAUGGUAAAAAUAAUGGCGAUGAAGAACUGUUUAAAACUUACAGCGCUAAAAUCAGGGAUCAGAACAUCAUGACUAUUGCUGUUGGAGUGGAUAUAGCUGUACGCGAGCAACUGGAGACUAUCGCUUCCAAUAAAAACAAUGUAUUCCUGCGCAAUUCGUUCCGUGAGCUUGGUUCUGUGAUUAAUAGUAUUAAACCAGCCGUCAAGUGCGAAGAAAGAGAUUAAUUCUUCCGAACCACCCUCUAACACAGAAUAACCAGAGCUCAUUGAUUUAACACACGCUCGGACUCCAGUCCAUGAUAUGAACGGAUUUUUUCCAAACAUUUUCCUCUUCUUAAAAUAGGCAAUACUCAGCUCGCUAACUACAUAUAAAAUGCUAGACAUGCAAUUCCAAUGUAAAAUGAUAACUUAGUAAAAAAAACACAUUUAGUUUAUAAGUUUUUUGUACCUUUUGUUUCUCAGGUUAAAUCAGGAUAUGUUUUAGAGCAAGUCUAUAAAAUUAUGUAACGCAGAUAUAAUGAAAUAGCAAUAAACUCUUUUUAAAAUAA